GUUCAUGAGUCUACUAUACUCUGUAGCUUAAAAACACUCCAAGUAGAAGAGCUAAGAAAGCGACGGUCAGUAGAGAAGUAGGAAGAUGAAGGGAGUGUUUUUGGUAAAGAUGAUCAUUUUGGCCAAUGUGUUCGCUUUUCCAUCUGACAGGGAUGGUCUAAAAAUUCAAAACAAAAAAGAUAAAAUUGUGCGCACCCAGAGAAACCUUCUGCAAUUCAAUAACAUGAUAGCUUGUGCAACUUCGAGAACUUCUGCAGAUUAUAUUGAUUAUGGCUGUUACUGUGGCCUCGGAGGAGCAGGAACGCCUACAGAUGCUACUGACAGAUGCUGUAAGAUUCAUGAUGAAUGUUAUGGUCAUAUACAAAAGCAAAACUUGUGUUAUUUCAAAGUGGAUGUUUAUAUGAGAAUGUACACCAGAGACAAUAAUUGCACUGGCUGUGCUGAUAAAGAGGGAACUUGUGAGAGGGCUGUUUGUGAAUGUGAUGGAGCAGCAGCAAGGUGUUUUGCUGGAAAAGCAUAUAACAUAAAGCACUAUAACUGGCCAGCCGACAAGUGCUGAUUAAGAUGUGCAAGGGAAAGAGUACAAAACUAACAGAAUAGACUGAUCAAACAUAUUACAAGUAAUACAUGAGAUGAAUAUUAAACAAGAAACUUAUGUGUGACAAGUUAAUUCUUAAAGCUUUGUAACUAAUGAAAACAAUGUAGCAAUAAUCUAAAAAUCUAAAUUGAGACAAACUUGUACUUAUAGG